AGCGCAAGCUCCCCGCGCCGCUCCCCACCGGGCCCAAGGCAGCGAGAGGCGGAGUCCUUGAGCCUGGGCUGUGGGCUCCAGGUGGGCUCUGGGGAGAGGAUGAAGCAGGCCCUGGUGGACGAUACUGAGGACGUGUCCCUGGACUUUGGCAACGAAGAGGAGCUGGCCUUUCGGAAAGCAAGAUUAGGUUAUGGGGCUUCUGGGUUCUUUCCUAGGCACCCGUUGGCCACCUUUUUCCAUCUGUUUUUCCGAGUGAGCGCCAUCGUCACCUAUGUGUGCUGUGACUGGUUCAGCAGAAGCUUUGUGGGCUGCUUUGUCACUGUGCUUCUCCUCCUGUCCUUUGACUUCUGGUCUGUGAAGAACGUGACCGGGAGACUGCUGGUGGGCCUCCGCUGGUGGAACCACAUAGACGAAGACGGGAAGGGCCGCUGGAUUUUUGAGGCCAGAAAGGCGUCCCCGCAGCGCAGCGUGGCCACAGAAGCGGAGGCGCGCAUCUUCUGGCUUGGCCUCGUCAUCUGCCCGCUGAUUUGGACCGUGUUCUUCUUCAGCACCUUGUUCUCCUUGAAGCUCGAGUGGCUGGCCCUUGUGAUAGCUGGGAUUUCUCUCCAAGCUGCUAACCUCUAUGGCUACAUCCUUUGUAAGAUGGGAGGUGAGAGGGACAUCGGCAAAAUCACAGCCAGUUUUCUGUCCCAGAUGGUGUUCCAGACGGCCAGCCCAAGGGACUUCCAGAAGCCUGGCCUCAAGGGGCUGGAGAUUCACAAGCAUUAG